AUGUCUCGGGAGAAGAAGGAGCACGACUUGAAUGCUAGCAGUGCUUCCAGCGGCUCCAAUUUCUCUUCUCGCGACGGACGUCCUGAAACUUCGCCGUUUCGCCCCCCUUCGUCAGACUUCCCCCCUCGCGCGGCGCCUCCUCCUUCCUCGCCCUCCCCCUCUCUCUCACCCUCUCGCUCUUCUUCUCCGCGCUCCAACGCGUGCUCGCGAUCUUCGUCUCCGUGCAGCGUCUUGUCGUAUUCUCUCUCGCCAGGGCAGCGGGAAGAGUGCCUGCGGAAUUCUGACGCCUCCACGCCGUCGUCACCCUCUUCGUCCUUCUCCUCGCGCGCCUCGGCGUCGCUCCGCCCCCUGGGCCUCGGAGACUCGCCGCCCGAAGGGCGUCUGCCGCCUUUGCGGGGAGCGUCUUCGCCGCUUUCGCUGUCGCGGCAGGAGAGCGCUGCUGCGCGGCCGGUCUCGCCUCUCUCCCGCGGCGCCACGCUGUCUCUUGCGACCCUCGCCUCGCUGUCUCCGCCGCCUCUGUGCUCCACCAAGGCCACCCACGCCCCCCUCGCGCCUUCGCUCGCCGCACCCGACGCCUCCUGGGGCUUGUCGCGGGUGUCGCGCGCCGCAGACUCCCCGCGUUUCGCAGCCGCGCCUCCGCCUUCCUCUCGAGACGCGCCACGGCUUGCCAAGAUGGAGAGCGAAGACGAGGGAAGUCCGCUCUUCAAGAACGACCACCAACACGCCGGCGGGCGCACGCGCCUCGUUCUCCCCUCGAAGGGCGCUGCCGCCGCGGAAGACGCCUCGCCGCAGCUGUCUCUCGAGACGACCCCGACGUCGCAGGGCGGCGCGGGGGGGCCAGGCGAGGGCGCCGAUGGGGGGGGCAGCGGGCGGCUGACGCCCUCCCCUCCCCCGCCGCCUGCGUCGGGCGGCGCGUCCUCGACAGACGGCUCGCCUGCCGCGGCCGCCGAGGCGCCGCGCCGGCUGAACAACGGCGAGGAGCUUGACGGCCCGUUGCCAAACGAGUUGGAGAUGGUGAUUCCGCGCUUCCGCUCGCGCUUCGUGGAGGGCAGCGAGCAGCCUCAGGCGGCGGAGGGAGAGGAAGGGGAGGGGAGCAACCUCGACACCCUCACGCUGUACAGCGAGUGGAAGGAGCUGCCGGCGCUUCGCUUUCGCCUGAUGAUUCAUCCGCUGACGCGGUCGCACUCGCGGCCGGGAGUGCAGCUGGCAGCCCCGGUCCCGGUGGUGCCUGCUCCGGGGCGCGCGCUCUCUGGCGCCCAGCAAGAGUACCUGCAGAGUCGCACGACCGCGGCUUUCGUGGAGAUCGGGCGGAAGCCGGACUGGCCGUCGGACUGGAUCUUCCAGACUGGCGUCCGCUUCCACAUCUACGUCGUGAACCUGACCGAGCCGGAACGCUCGAUCUGGAAGGAGGAAACUUUCCAGUUCAGCUGCGAGGAGACUGAUCGCGGCUGGCACGCGAUCGUCUCCUACUUGACGCUGUUCGAGGAGCGCUUCUUCGACAGCCGCUCGGGAGACCUCCUGCUGCGCGCCGCCGUCUUCCCCGCCGGCACUGCCGUCAUGAGUCGCUCCCUCCGCACGCCCUGCCCCCCCUCGCCGCCCCUCGCGCGCGGCGUGCUUCCUGCAAAGGCAGCAGGCGGCGACGAGGCGAGUGCGCCGCCGCCCUCCGGCAAAGACGGCGCGGAAACUCCGCAGGACGCCAGUCCCGCUCCGCCCCAAACAGGCCUGAUCGACGAGCGGAUGGUGAAGGACGAAGACCAGCCCCCCGAGUUGGGCCCUGUGAUCACCUCGCAGGCGGCGCCGGCGGCCGCGCCCGCGCCUCCGGCGUCACCGCUCGCCUCGCUCCUCGCCACGCUGCCCGCCUCCUCCUGUCUGGGGCGUGCCGGCCGCGGGUACAUGGGCCUGCGGAACCACGGCGCGACUUGCUACAUGAACGCGCUGCUGCAGAGUCUCUACUACAUCGGCAAGUUCCGCCAGGCUGUCUACGCGCUCACUUUCGACACGCGCGCGAUCAGCGGUAGCCGCAGCAUCGAAGUCCUCGAGGGCAGGUGCAAGCGCCGCAAGCGACGCGCCGGCAGCAGCAGCCGCGCGGACGGCGACGCCGACAGGCAAGGCAUGCAGAUCGAGCAAGAGGAGAACCAGGAGAAGGAGGAAGACAUGGAGAGCUCGUGUGACCUGCAGGUGGAAGGUCAGUCGGGAAGUCGGGGGGCGAAAACGACGUGCCGCGAUCCUUCCGCGGGGACCCGCGGCGGCGCGUCGUUUGACGCCUCGUUUUCUCCCUCUGAGCAUCCACUGACGUCAUUUCUGCUCAACAGCGACGACGAGGAGGACGACUUCGCGGACUGGGAUGAGCGCGACAUGCGCGACUUGCUGCUGGAGGAGGAGCAAGAGCAGCGGCGGCCGCCGUCGAUCUCGCUGGCGCUUCAGAAUCUCUUUUUUCGGCUCUACACCUCCACAGAGCCCGUCGCAUGCAGAGAGUUGAUCCGCUCCUUUGGGUGGGAUGCGGCGGACGCGUUCACGCAGCAAGACACCCACGAGUUGCUCAAGCUCCUCCUCGACAAAGUCGAGGAGCAGAUGCAAGGGACGCCCGCGGAAGGCAGCGUGAAGAAGAUGUUCGAGGGCGAGAUGGAGACCUACAUCGAGUGCAUCGAAGUCGAUUACAAAAGCGUCCGCAAAGAGACCUACGAAGACCUCAACCUCGACGUCAAAGGGUGCGCCGGGAUCGAGGAAAGCCUCCGCCGCCUGGUGCAACCCGAAAUCCUCGAAGGUGAGAAUAUGUACGACGCCGAGGCCUUCGGGAAACAACGCGCCCGCAAAGGCGUUCGGUUCCUCCGCUUCCCCCCUGUCUGCAUCUUCCUUCUCAAGCGCUUCGACUUCGACUACGAGCGCAUGGAUACCGUCAAAGUAUUCUCCAGCUUCGAGUUUCAGCGAGAACUUGAUCUCAACGAGUUCUGCCCCGGCGCAGGCGUCUACGAGUUGCAUGCGGUCUCGGUUCACCAAGGCGACGUCAAUUCUGGGCACUACUACUGCUUUCUGCGCCCACCACCGCGCACGCAAUGGGUUCGCUUCGACGACGAUAAGGUCUAUCCGGUGUCUGAGUACGCGGCGAUCGGCGACAACUUUGGCGGAAUCGAGGAGGACCCGUGCAACUACCUCGCAGGACGCGUUCCGCGGGUCAGGCAGAAAGUCUACAACGCGUAUAUUCUGGUGUACGUGAAGAAGAGUCUCGCCAACCAGCUGCUCGCCGAUUGCAACCCGAUGAAGGUCAAUCCGCAAGUCGUGACGCGCUGCCGCACGGAGGAGCUCCUGAUGAAGCUGCGCAAUCGCAUCCGCCGCGUCCUCGAGCAGAGAAUCAAGGUGAAGGUGUAUCAUCCGUUGCAGUUUUUGAAUCGGCGCUUCGUGGAUUUGCCGUUGGCGACGCUGCCUCCGCUGCUGGAGCUCAAGUCGAGUCGGUCGGUGGGGAUUCUGCCGAUUCAUGAGCAGAUCACGACGCGGCUGUUUGCGAAGUUGUACGGUGCGGGUGAGAGCGAGGGGGGGCGGGCGGCGCCGCCUGUCGCCUUUUUGCUGUUUGGGAUGGACUUUACGACGGACGAUGCGCGCUUCAGCACGCUGGAGAUCAGCGAAAACCCGACGUUGGGUGAGCUCUUCCGCGCCAAGAUGCUCAACGCGCGCGGCAGCCGGCAGUUCCCCGGCGGCAGCGCGAACGCGAACUACCCCUGCAGCCGGUUCGAUGCCUGUCUCUACUUGCUCGCCGUCCCUGAAACGAAUGCAGUCGUCCGCAGCGCACCCGAUCACGACGAAUUCUGCCGGCGCCACCAACUGAUCUUCCUCAAAUACUUUGACAUCUUCACCGCCAACAAAGGACUCGGCGACGCGCGCGAGCUCGAAGACGCCACGCCGGGUGAACGCCCAGAAGAACGUGAAGCGGCGGAAGUCGUGCCCGAAGCCCUGCGCGACGCAAACGUCAUCUGCCUCGACGUCCUCCUCGUCCCCUCCGGAUGGAAGCUGGUUUGUCUGCAACCGCACAUGUACCGUCGGCUGCUGCGUUGCAUGGAGGACGGCUUGGUGCGCCCGUACAUGAAGGACGCGCUGCGGCGCUACGUGGCGUCGCUCGGCUCGCUUCCGCCGCUUUUCGCAGUCUCCGCAUCGGCCUCUGCGUCACUCUUCUUUCCCUCGGCGAAAGGGGCAACCGACGUGGAUCUGUCGAGUUCGCAGAGCUGCUCGCUGGCCGUCUGCGCGGCGGCGCGCGGCGCAGGCGUCAGCGCGAGUCUCUGCGGCCCAGUCUUCCUCAGCGCGCACGGUGGCGUCGCCUCGGCGGCGGGUGCCUCCCGCGAACAGGCGCCCGACUUGCCCCGCGACUCGGCGCUCGCGCUGACACUCGCCCUCGAAAUCGAGUUCCAAGACUUGAAAAACCCCACGAGUCUGACGCUCUCGUACAAGAAAACCUUCUCGCAGGAAAAAAUUUUUCCGGGCGACAUCUUUGUGUUCAACAUCGACGCGCCGGAGAGCAUGCGCCGGCGGUUCCAAGAGAUCAGGCGCCUGGCAGAAGUGACGGGAUCUGAGAAGGAGCCGACGACAACUGAGGAGUUCGGUCUCUCGCCCUCCUCUGUCGACGGCCACGACCUUCUCGCGCAAGUUUACCUCGAAGGCAAGGGACUUUCCAACGUCCCUGCCCUCCUCCCUCAGUCGCUUCUCUCAUCGGUGUCUGUAUCCGCGUCUCUCGUCGUGUCGUCUCCCCAGACUGAGCAUCUGCUGGCUGAGGACUCGAAGCGCUCGAGCACGGCGUCUCCGGGUCACAUGUCGGGCGUCUCGCUGUCGCCGUCCUCGCCUUCUUCGCUGCCCUCCGCCGCGUCUCUCUCGUCCUCUCCAGCGGGCUCCGCGCCGACUGGCGCCGCGGCGGAGGCGAUUUCCACGGCUGCGCGCGCGGCGCUUGGAGAUGCUGGCGAGAAGAAAGGGGCGGGCGCGGGGGGCGAGGCGGCCUCGCCCGACAGCCGCGGCGACGAGGAGACCGGCGCCGAGGGCGAGCCGCGCGGCGGCAAGCUGCCGCAGGCGCGCGCGCGCCAGGCUGCCGCCGCGAAAGGGGCGGAGGCCGCUGCUGAGGGCGAUGCGUCUGCUGCUGCUGCCGACCCCGGAGCGAGUCGGCACGGGGAGACCCCAGACGCCGAGUCUGGGCGCCAGGGGUCUCUGCACGGCGCGGCUGGCGCGGGAGGGGAGUCACGGCUGCAGGCGUCGCCGUCGUCGGCGUCGCUGGCGGAGGGCGAGGAGGGGCGCGAAGGGCGCGCGAGUCUCCUGGCGUCCUCGCAUCCGUCGCUGCAGGCGGGAGGGGGAGGGACGGGAGCUGAGUUCGGUCUGCUCCCCUUCCUCCCGGCCUCUCGCGGCGGAUUCAUUCCCUCUGGCCCGCCGGAAAUGCCUGUGCUCCCCAGUCCAGACUUUCACCACUACAGUCUCAACAAAGCCAACAGAUUCACUUUCCAGUUCCGCCUUUACGACCCGCUAGAGAUGUUGAAUCGGCCGAUGAACUGCUGCGGUCUCCUGCUCGAGGACUACCCGCGGCCGAGUGCGCUGCCGUCCUUCGCGUCGGGGAGCUCGCUGCCGUCGGUUCCGCGAUCCCAGGGCUCUUCGAUGGACACGAUGACUUCCUUCACUCUCGUCUCCACGAGUCCCUCUUCCUCGGCCUCUGCAGCCACGGAGCCAUUCCUCCCUCUCGCGGGAAAAAGCGGCAACGCGCUGGUGCUCCCCGCCGGCGCGCCCUCGCCCCUCGGCAGCGGUGCAGUGGCCGCUGGGCUCCAGCGGUCGGGCAGCGGUGUGAGCGGCGGCGGCAGAGACGAGGGCGACGGCGAGGGCGGCGAAGGCGACGAAGACGAAGACCCCUGGAUCCACGUCCCCAAGGGACAGCCCGUCGCCGCCAAAUGCGUGGAGGUCGACGUCCGCGUCGCAUGCAAUCAGGUUAUCCGGUACGUGGCGUGGCACAUGGGGGUGGAUCCGUCGCGUCUGUUCCUCUUCCCCGAGCCGCCGCUGCUGGCGGACGCCUCGUUCGAACCCGUCAGCCUCGACAGUUUGGUCUGCGCGGCGGCGCCGGCGAACCACGCGGCAGGCGAGAGCGCAGGAGCGCGGCGCGCCGACGCGCUGAGUGCUGCGGCGGCGACGCGGCGGCUGAGCGUGAACGAGGUCUUUUCGCGCCUGGAGAAGAAGGCGCUGGUGUGCAGCGGGUCGCGGCUGGGUCGCCGGCGCCCCCGGGGGGUCGGCAGCGGCUUCGGCGGCCCCUACUCGGCGAGCCCGGGGACGGCGGGCAGCCGCAGCCGGGUGUUUCAUCUGGCGGUGCUGCCGCGGCACUACUCGCUCUGCACGCGCGUCAUCGAUCCCCACGCCCUCACGCUGGUGCAACUUGACCGCGUGAAGCGCCUCGUCGCCGCACCGGCGCCGCGAGGCGCGCAAGCGUCGGCGCCCCCCGAGGCCGCGCUGCAUGACCCGCUGUUCCACUACGUGGUGCUGGUCUUCAAUCGGCGCGCCGAGAGCCUCGGGUGCGUCGAGGGCGUCUUGCCCUCGCGCUGCCCUUUCUCCUCGCGGCCGCUGACCGUCAAAGACUUGAUUCACACGCUUCUGGCGCGCAUGCCACCCGCGCUCCGCGCGCAACUCGCCGACGAGCGCAGACGCGCCACCGCGACGGGGGAGCCUGUCCCUGCGGGCGCGGCGGCGCCCGACUCGAGCCGGAUUUCCGACGCGGCGCUCGCCAGCAGUCUGCGCCUCGUCAGCUCGAGCGCCGCCUCGCUUCAGGAGCUGGAAAAGACGCACACCGUGCAGUCGCUGCCGCUCUACUCAACCUUCGCCUCUUCGCUCUCGCUCGGCGGAAGGCAGCAGCGCCUCGCGGCCGGCGAGGGCGCGCUGACGACUCAGAACCUCUUCGCAGUGCCGCUGCGCCUCGAACUCGACUGGACUCCGGAAGAGAAGGACGCGAUCGAAAGCGGAGAGCUGAAGGUGCUUCAAGUUGUUCAUCAGACGCCGACGGAGAGAGAGUAUUUCGGCUAUCCCUUCGAGAUCCUCGUCAGACCAAACGACACUCUGAGUGAAAUCAAACGCAAGGUCAAGGAGAAACUCGUGCUGCCGAAAGCCUUGUGGAGCAACUGGACGUUCUUUCAGUACGCGGACUGCAACAGAUCCUGGAAGGGGCCCAACGAUCGCCUCGACUGGCAGAAAUACGAAUCCGUCACGCUCAUUGCGGAGCACCCUGCGCCCUACUCCAAGAUGCGCUCCCAGACGGCCAUGCGAAUCGCUUAA